AUGGCGGAAGAUACUCAGGAGCUUAUCAGGAGCGCUGCCGAUAGCCCUUCUUCGGCCGAGCCAUACCUCUCCCGUCCGGCUUCAUCUGCCACUGCGCCGACGUCGGCUUCGAUGCCAGCAAGAAACGAUGCCAAGCACGAGACUCGGUUGUACGUCGGCAAUCUGCAUCCUACGGUCGACGAGUACGCUCUGAUCAAGACCUUCAGCAAAUUUGGAAAGAUCAAGAAGCUCGACUACCUGUUUCACAAGAGCGGUCCACAGCGAGGGCAACCGCGAGGCUAUGCUUUCGUCGAGUACGCGUCGCCGGAGCAAGCACUUGAAGCCGUCGUGAGCGCACGGGACAGGACACUCAGAGGCAGAACGAUCUCUGUGACUUUUGCGAGCAAGGACAACGUCGCAGACACUAACAGUAGUAUCGGUCCACAUCGAAGAGAGCGAGACCGCGGCGCAGGAGAAACAAAUGCAGUCAAGACAACACAGCUGAGCUUGAACAAGAAUGCCAAACAGCCGCAAGGGACAAAUGCCAAGAUUGCAGCCAUGGAAGCUAAGCUUUCAAAGUUGCGGCAGAACAAAGCGACUCCAUCCACAUCCGCUUCGUCGUCGCCAUCCCCCUCACACUCACGAACUGGUCUUGCUUCGUUGCCUGCCAAGCCCGAUUUUAAGUCAACGCGCGCAACUUCUGAACAAGCGACCAUGCAACGGCAAUCGCUUGGUCGUUAG